CCCCUUUAAAACCAGGCUUGAAGAAAGCGAGAAAGAGAGAGAGAGAGGUUGCUCGUUUGCAGAAUCACAGCUCCCGACAUUGGAGCUGCGACAAGAUCCUUGCUCUGAUUAAAUUGACUCUAAUUAAAUUAGUUACUGUUACGGGACGAAAAGAGUGAAAGCAAGAUAAUAAAAGAUGGCAGGCGCAAUUAUAGAAAAUAUGAGCACGAAGAAGCUGUGCAUUGUUGGAGGGAUUUUGCUGAUUUUCCAAGUAAUUUCCUUUCUGGUAGGAGGUUUGAUCGCUCCACGUCCAACUAUCGGAGUUCAAUAUCUUGCAACAAAAUGUGUGGAUAUAAGAAAACAUCAGAAGUCCAAGUGGUUCAUGCCAUGGGGUCCUAACCAAUGCGAGAAAAAAAUCCAGGAUUUUUCUGAAGCUAUGAAGCAACAGAUAGAAGCCAAUGAUAUUGUGUUUGCAACUCACAUCCCGCAUCAAAAUUGGGAGAUGAGUUCCUGGUUUCAAUUCCUGUUGGUGGUUUUGCAAUUUGAGAUUGAAUUUCAAAUUGACAACAAGAUAGACGAUGAUGCUGUGGUCACAUUGAAUGUUUCGCUGGGCUAUCGUGAUGACCGUGUUAGUGAAUGGACUGAAAUGGCCCAUACUGUUGAAAACCGAAAGCUAAAUUGCAACUUCUCAUCUCCAAAAACACAUGACAAUCAGGGGCAGCUAUACGACUGCGAACUGCUUCCCUUCAUGGAAUUGGGCAGCGUUUCACAUAAAUAUUAUCUGAUUAACGUCCGACUUCCUGUUAAUGAGAAGAAGAACAUCAACAUGAAAAUUGGAAAGCUGAAGAAUGUUCGGAUGGUGUCAAUUCAUCAGAAUGGUGGAUUUACAAGGGUCUGGUUUGCAAUGAAAACCUUUCUGACUCCCAGUAUUCUCAUCAUUAUGAUCUGGUAUUGGAGACGAAUUACCAUGAUGACUCGUCCACCUGUCCUUCUGGAAAAAGUAAUUUUUGCACUUGGGAUCUCAAUGACCUUUAUCAAUAUCCCAGUGGAAUGGUUUUCCAUUGGAUUUGACUGGACUUGGAUGCUUCUGUUUGGAGACAUUCGACAGGGGAUCUUCUACGCCACAUUGCUGUCAUUUUGGAUUAUCUUCUGUGGCGAGCAUCUCAUGGAUCAGAGUGAAAGGAAUCGACUAUCCAUUUACCUGAAGCAGAUUGUGCCAAUUGGUUUUGGUUCAUUCUGCCUCUUCAUUUUUGAUCUAUGUGAGAGAGGUGUGCAAUUGACGAACCCAUUCUACAGUAUCUGGGCCACUGAUGUCGGUACAGAAUUGGCUAUGGCCUUUAUCAUAGUUGCGGGCAUCUGCGCCUGUCUCUAUUUCUUUUUUCUCUGCUUCAUGGUAUUCCAGGUCUUCAGAAAUAUAAGUGGCAAAAGAUGUUCGCUCCCAGCCAUGUCCAAAGCAAGGAGAUUGCACUAUGAGGGAUUAAUAUUUCGGUUCAAGUUCCUGAUGCUUGUCACACUGACCUGUGCAGCCAUGACUAUCAUAUUCUUCAUUAUAAGUCAGGUAAAUGAUGGAAACUGGAAGUGGGGAGAAUAUACCAUCCAGGUGAACAGUGCUUUCUUCACCGGCAUUUAUGGCAUGUGGAACUUGUAUGUCUUCGCCAUCAUGUUUUUGUAUGCUCCUUCCCAUAAGUGUUACAGCAACAGUGACCAAUCGAAUGGAGAAUUUCUUAAAUUCACUGUCAGGGCUACUGGACCGCGAGCAUGGGCUCAGGUGAUCUAGUAAAUGGCGGUGAGGAGCUGCAGCUGACUACCACAAUCACCCAUGCUGAUGGACCAACUGAAAUUUAUAGAUUGGCCGGCAAGGAGGCACAGGAGUGAUGAUGGGGCUGGAAUUGGAAAAAGUCGUACCAGCAACACAAGUCCAACUAAGCAAUUCGGAAGAGAAGUGUAAAUCUACUCUGUGAUGUGUGAACUGAGGUCAUGUGACAUGGAUUUGGGCCUGUUGAAAUUCCUGUUGCUGGUGAAAGAACUGCAUCCAAUAAUUUUGCUAAAAUUUGUAUAAUCUGUGGAAGAUUCCAGAACUGUGCCUUUAUAAAAUGGGAUGAUGUUCCUUUCUUUUUCUGAAAGCAGUCAAGUGCACAUUUAAAUGUCAAAGCAAAUUACCAUCACUGUAGUUUAUAACUUUCUGAGCAUUAAUUUCUGUAACUAUAAAGUAUUGUAGCGUGGCAACUAUGUGAGGGCAGACACCUCCAUUGCUCAAGGGAUUGAGACUGUGGGAGGUCAAGAGUGUUUUAUUGUCAUUGCUCCCAGACAAUUAUAUAGCAUCUUCAGUUCUCGGGCUGGCUCAAAACGCUUUGCAUUUUGUAACUCACUCAGAUGUAACAAAUUUAGAUUCUAGGUUUUACAAGAAGAGCAUAUUUGCUGACUCCGUUCCUAAUGGAGAUCAACAUUAUUGUCGUAGAAGACACCUUUUUAAAUAUAGAUUGUAAAAACACGCUUAAACUAUUAUCUAUGUACUCAAACAUUUAUUCUAGAUACAUUUAAAAAUGUAGUUCCUCAGAAUGGAAGAGAAAUGUAAAGACAACUUGAAUAUGUUGCAUAAUCUGAGCUCCUUCUUCGAUGUGCCACAGUUAUGUUGUGCACAAGCAGAAUGUGGAUUACUGGUGUAUUCUUGAACUAGUUGUAUACAUAAUGCAAUUGGGUAAUCUACAUAAGGCAUCAGCUUUGUCUGGAAGCUCUCAGUAAACCUGAUACUUUAUAUGGUUUGGGCUUCUAUUCACAAUUAGAUGAUAGAGACAUGGCAAGCUACACAUGCUGGUUUGCCAAAAAAGAAAAUGGUGGAGUAACACGGUGGGUCAGACGGCAUUUCUGAAGAAUGUGGAUAGGUCACGUUUAUGGUCAGGACUCUUCAGUCUGAAUAAGGGUCCCUACCUGAAAUGUUGCCAAUCCAUGUUCUCCAGAGAUGCUGCCUGACCUGUUGAGUUUCUUCAACACCUUGCAUUAGCUUUCACAGCUAGAUGAUGUCUGAUUUGAUAUGUAGUGAACUUCUGUGGUGUCCAAAGGAUGUAAGGAAUUUUAGAUAUCAAGAUUAUUCCAGGACCAGUAAAGCAGGAAAGAUUUCUCUCAAAAACAGUAGAAUGAUCAGUGUGGAUUUUUUCACUUUGAAAUAAGAAUUAGACCUUAAUUUAAAUCAAGAGUGCAGAAUGUGUUGAACUGGAGCUGCAGUCUGGUACUUUAGUGCUGAGAGUGCUUCUUGUGCAAAGGAUUGGUUAAAGUUGUCUCCCUCUCCUGAAGGUCAGGAAGUUACCAUUUUGGAUAUAUGAUAUGAUAGAAUAUCCUCCUUUCUCUGCUGAAGUUGCGGGAAAAUUAUAACCCAUCCGGAGAACAACGCUUGAGUAUUUUGCCCGUAUAACCAUUCUAUUAGCAGUUAUUGGGCAUAAUGCUUUCCAUGACAAGAGCACUGUAUAAUGAACAAGUUUAGUGAUUGUAACAGUUUAAUGUUAUUUGAAAUUCCCUUCCUUUCUUGCCCAGGACAGUCAUGUGCAACCUUCUGUAAAAGCAUGAGAUUAACUCUUUAGAAAAAAAACUAGGGUUCUCCUCAUGUAUGUGGGUCAGUACCACACCAUACUGAGAAUCACUAAAGAAAUGUGCUUGAUACAUUAAGCUGUAUCUCAGUUGGUUAAAAUCGGACAUCAUUGAGUAGUAUGAUGAAAGGCUUCUGACAUUGGCAUGCAUUAUUAAAAGCAUUAUUCAAACAGAUCUGAGAGUGAAUGCAGGCAUUACACACCAGUACCUUUGCAAUAGGGAUAUGUUGCAGACACAAAGAGAACAUUUCAAUAAACUAUUUGUCAUUAUGGUCAAUUUUAGUUUGAAACAAAAGGGAUAUAGCAUGUCCUUUAACACAAAUAUUAAGAUGGAAACCAUGCUACUCCGGUGGUGUAGAUAAUUUAUGAUACAACUGUAUAGAUUAUUCCAUUUUAGGUGGUGAAAGGAUUUUUUUAAUCAUGGAAGUAGAUUGCUUGUAUGCUAAUUUUAAAUAAAGUUUGUAUUGUGUAA